UUCCCUUCCGACAAAAUGAAAACCCUUGUGUUAUUUCUGGUGGUGCUGGCCAUCUUUGGAACACAGUCUCAUGGAUUCGAGGUUUUUAACAUCAUCAGCCCAAACAACAAUGGUGGCAAUAUUCAGGAGACAAUAACAAUUGACAAUGAAAAAAACACUGCCAUCGUUAACAUCCAUGCCGGGUCGUGCUCCUCUACCACCGUUUUUGACUAUAAACAUGGUUACAUCGCAUCCAGGAUCCUCUCCCGAAGAGCCUGCUACGUCAUGAAGAUGAACCAUGACGCCAUCCCUGCUCUGGACCAACUCAAACGGUUCAUCUAUGAGAGGAAGGCUCUGCAGACCAUGUCCUCCACCGACUAUACCUGGGUCAAGUACAACCCGCUGCAGUCUUGGUUCACAGACAUGAAAUGGUUCUUUUUCGGGUCACCCAUCGAGCAGCUCUGCAAACACCUCCCCUUGUACAAGGCAGAAGUGGUUGAAAAGCCACAUGAUGCCGGUGCUCAUGGCUGCGUAAAGGCUGGCCUCCUGGGCAUCCUUGGGAUUUCCAUCUGUGGAGACAUCAAUGUUUAA